GCCCGCCCCCCUCCCAGCUCCCAUGCCGCCAGUUUGUUAAAUUAAUGCAGUAAGAAAGUCUGAAGAUCUGAGGGAGUCCUGGCCAAAGGAAGAUGGGCGAGCUCAGAAAAUCGAGAUGCAUCUGAAGCCCUGGGCUCCUCAGCCCCGCGGGGUCGCCAUGGACCCUGACAGCCCCUGAAACUUGCCCUGAGCUCUCUCAUGCCUGCAGCCCUGAGCAAUGGGACACCUUUCCUGCAGCGAUCAUAACUUAUUCGGCGGGGACCAGAGAACAGGGAUCGCAAGGCGACAACAGACUCGCACGCAGGCAGGGAAACGAGAUUACGGGACUCGGUCGCGAUGCGCCAGCCUGGCACAUUCUCCGGGAUUUAACUGAAGGCAGCACCGUCAAUCGCUUCCCCUGGCCCCUAGCCCCCUCAGGCCAGCCCAGGGGCAUAAAGCCCUGCUCUCUCUACCCAAGAUGCUCGCCCAAUCUAACGGUCGGAGGCCAGCGCUCUGAUCGCCACAGAAGAUUUUUUUCCCUUGCAUGGAGCUGGCCGUUUAAACAGAAAAACAGGGGUAAAAAAGAAAAUAUACCCACCCCCAAACGUGCCUCCCCAGCGCCGCAGGGAGCCAACAGACAAGCUGGAGUUUAACAAACAGCAAUACUCUUCGCGCUCCUGAAAAGCAGGGCUGGACGCUCUCCGUGGUGCUGAAACGCUUCACGGCUGCCUCUGUCCGUGGUACCUACAGCCCCCUCGUUCCAAUUUCCCCUGGGGCUCUCCCUCCGCGCCCCUGUUCUCCACCUCCCCUUAGCAUCUGGAUUAUUUUUUCAAUAGCGCUCGCUGGUUUUGUAAGUGCCAAUUUGAAACAUUUUUUACCCUCAUAACUCGUGGACUACAAAGCACAAGGACCUGAAAAAUGUACAGCUUCAAUACUCUUCGACUCUACCUUUGGGAGACCAUUGUAUUCUUCAGCCUUGCUGCUUCGAAGGAGGCUGACGCUGCCCGCUCCGCGCCCAAGCCUAUGUCACCCUCGGAUUUCCUGGAUAAGCUCAUGGGGAGAACCUCUGGAUACGAUGCCAGGAUCAGGCCCAACUUCAAAGGUCCCCCGGUGAAUGUGAGCUGCAACAUUUUCAUCAACAGCUUCGGCUCCAUUGCUGAGACAACCAUGGACUAUAGGGUCAACAUCUUCCUGCGGCAGCAGUGGAAUGACCCCCGGCUGGCCUACAAUGAGUACCCAGAUGACUCUCUGGACCUGGACCCAUCCAUGUUGGAUUCCAUCUGGAAACCCGACCUGUUCUUUGCCAACGAGAAGGGGGCCCACUUCCACGAGAUUACCACAGACAACAAACUGCUGAGGAUCUCCCGGAACGGAAAUGUCCUCUAUAGCAUCAGAAUCACCCUGACACUGGCCUGCCCCAUGGACUUAAAGAAUUUCCCCAUGGACGUCCAGACGUGUAUCAUGCAACUGGAAAGCUUUGGCUAUACCAUGAAUGACCUGAUCUUCGAGUGGCAGGAGCAGGGAGCUGUGCAGGUGGCAGAUGGACUAACUCUACCCCAGUUUAUCCUGAAAGAAGAGAAGGACUUGAGAUAUUGCACGAAGCAUUACAACACAGGGAAAUUCACCUGCAUUGAGGCCCGAUUCCACCUGGAGCGACAGAUGGGCUACUACCUGAUCCAGAUGUACAUUCCCAGCCUGCUCAUUGUCAUCCUUUCAUGGAUAUCCUUCUGGAUCAACAUGGAUGCCGCGCCAGCCCGUGUGGGCCUGGGCAUCACCACUGUGCUCACCAUGACCACCCAGAGCUCUGGCUCCCGAGCAUCCCUGCCCAAGGUGUCCUAUGUGAAAGCCAUUGACAUUUGGAUGGCGGUGUGCCUGCUCUUCGUGUUCUCAGCCCUGCUUGAGUAUGCCGCUGUCAACUUUGUGUCUCGGCAGCACAAAGAGCUGCUCCGAUUCAGGAGGAAGCGAAGACAUCACAAGAGCCCCAUGCUGAAUCUGUUCCAGGAGGAUGAGGCCGGAGAAGGCCGCUUCAACUUCUCUGCUUAUGGGAUGGGCCCAGCCUGUCUGCAGGCCAAGGAUGGCAUCUCAGUCAAAGGCGCCAAUAACAACAAUACCACCAACCCCCCUCCCGCGCCGUCUAAGUCCCCAGAGGAGAUGCGAAAACUCUUCAUCCAGAGGGCCAAGAAGAUUGACAAAAUAUCCCGCAUUGGCUUCCCCAUGGCCUUCCUCAUCUUCAACAUGUUCUACUGGAUCAUCUACAAGAUUGUCCGCAGGGAGGACGUCCACAACCAGUGACGGGUCUGGGAUGGGGCGGGAGUGGGGGAGGCUGGGAGAGGGCAGAAUGGAAAUAGCACAGGAAUCUGAGAGCCUAAGGAAGAGAAGGGGAAGAGAGGAAGGGGGCACACAUACACAACUCCCUCUUUCUCUGAAAAAUGUGCAAUAGCAAAAUGCAGUGAUGCAUGAAUCUUAGAAUGUGGCACUAUC